GGGAUUAUGUUUGGAAACAAGAGCAAAGGUGGGGAGCUCUGCUGUAGGGGGCGGGGGAAGAGAGCGGGGUACCAGUCAGAACUGAGCAGGGUUCUGAGCAAAGGCGGCAGGCGGAGCAUAGGUACAGGACUUACACGCGAGGUGAGCGCUGGGUAGCAGUUUCCAGUUAUGCUCUGCUGGGCCCGUACCUGGAGGCUUUCCCAGAGGGGGCUCGGCCUCUCCAGAACUAGCUUCUCCACGGUGCCUGUCGCACACAGCAGCAGCAGCAGCGGUCAAGGCGGCGCCGAUCCAAGACCGGUGCGGCUUUCCUACAAGCUUCUGGACGGGGACGCAGUCCGUCCGGCCCUCGUCUUUCUUCAUGGUCUCUUAGGUAGCAAAAACAACUUCAACUCCGUCGCCAAGGCCCUGGCCCAGCACACAGGCCGGAGGGUGCUGACAGUAGAUGCUCGGAACCAUGGUGACAGCUCCCAAAGCCCAGACAUGAGCUAUGAGGCCAUGAGUCAGGACCUACAGGACUUCCUGCCCCAGCUAGGCCUUGUGCCCUGUGUCCUAAUUGGCCACAGCAUGGGAGGAAAGACAGCCAUGCUGCUGGCACUACAGAGGCCAGAGCUGGUGGAACGUCUGAUUGUCGAGGACAUGAGCCCCGUGGAAUUCAUGCCCGACCCGAACCUUCAUACCCACAUAGCAGCCCUGAGAGCCAUAGACAUCCCAGACAAGGUGCCCCUCUCCCAUGCCCGUAAACUGGCUGAUGAACAGCUCAGCCGUGUUGUCCAGGACAUUAACAUGCGGAAGCUCAUGCUCACCAACCUGGUGGAGGCAGACGGGCGCUUGGUAUGGAGGCUGAACCUGGAUACCGUGGUCCAGCAUUUGGACAAGAUUUUAGCCUUCCCACCACAAGAAGAACCCUUCCCUGGGCCAACCCUCUUCCUCCGUGGUGAACACUCUAAAUACAUACAUCCCAGCCACUACCCUGAGAUUAGGAGACUCUUCCCUCAGGCCCAGAUACAGACGGUGCCUAACUCUGGCCACUGGAUCCACGCCAGCCACCCACAGGAGUUCAUGGCUGCCAUUCGAGACUUUCUGGUGUGAGAGUUGCUAGCCAAAGAGGGCAUGUUUGAAACCCCAGGCUCUGUGGCCUGCUCCACGUUUCUAUACAGAAGGACUCGGGCAGGCACUUAGAGGGCAUGAGGGUAUAAUGGUGGUCAUAUCUCAAGCUUUAAUGAAUAAAGACUGCUCUCAAGGUC